AUGGCCGAAGAGAAUUCUAUCACUCAACCCGAGGCGGAGCAGCCCGAGCGCUCUCCCGCCGAGCCCACCGACAAGGAGUCGGAGAAUGCCACUACCUCGGAUACCAAGCCUACUGAGAAUGCGAAUGCCUCCGACGAGAAGGCGACUGAAGGCCAGACCGACAAGGCCGAUGCCUCUGACGAUGCGCCCAAGCCCCAGGAAGAGGCCGAGUCUGCCUCGGCCGAUGCGGAGUCUGCCCCCAAGACCAACGGAACUCCCGCGUCUACCAAUAAGUCGUCCAAGGACCGACGCCGCUCCAGUGGUGUUGGCGAGAAGAAGCUUAACCGCAAGAAGUCCCAGAGCCGUAUCACUCAUCUCGAUGCGAAGCCUGGCGACUACUACCUGGCGCGCCUUCGCAGCUAUGCGCCUUGGCCUGCCAUCAUUUGUGACGAGGAGAUGCUUCCCCAGUCUCUCCUGGACAGCCGCCCCAUCACUGCCAAGCAGGCCGAUGGAAGCUACCGCGCCGACUAUGCCGAUGAUGGUCGACGCGCCCAUGAGCGCUCUUUCCCCGUCAUGUUCUUCGGGACCAACGAAUUUGCCUGGAUCCCAAACACCAACUUGAAACCCCUCGACCCCGCCGAAUGCAAGGAAGUCUCCGAGAAGAACAAGGCCAAGCAGUUGCUUGGCGCGUACAAGGUUGCCGCCGAAGGCCACGACCUGAAGCAUUUCAAGGAACUACUUUCGGAUCACCAGGCUGCCAUUCAGCAGGAGAUUGAGGAGGAAGAGCGCGAGGAGGAAGAGAAGGCCAAGGCUAAGGCUGAGAAGGCCACUAAGAAGAAUAAGCGCAAGAGCAAGGGCGCUGAGACUGAUGUGGAGAUGGAAGAUGCGGACGAGGCCAAGCCCUCGAAGGCCACCAAGAAGCGUAAGAAGGACGAGACUGAGGUUGAGGAAGACAAGCCGGCCAAGACCCCUAAGACUGCAACCAAGCUCAAGUUGAGCACCCCAAAGGCUCCCAAGACGCCUGCCGAAGAGAAGAAGAAGACCCCCGCUCCCAAGACCAAGAAGGCUGCCCCCAAGAAGGGCAAGGCAGCUGCCAGCGAUGAGGAGCCCGUUGAGGCCAAGGAGCCCGAGAAACAGAUUGAUCCCGAGGAGCUCAAGAAGAAGAAAGAGAAGGAGGUCCUGUUUUUGCGCCACAAGCUUCAGAAAGGAUUCAUCUCUCGCGACAGCCCCCCUCAGGAGAACGAGAUGGACGCCAUGGCCACUUAUUACGAUAAGCUGGAGAAGCAUGCCGACCUGGAAGUUGCGAUCAUUCGCUCGACUAAGAUCAACAAGGUUCUCAAGAUGAUUGUCAAACUCAACACCAUUCCCCGUGAUGAAGAGUUCAACUUCCGCUCCCGUGCCAUGAGCCUGCUGUCUAGCUGGAAGAAUGUGCUGGAUGGUGAUCUCCCAACUUCGACAGACAAAGAGGAUAAGCCCGCUUCGAAUGGUGCCUCCAAGGACGACGAAGCUCUUGAGACCCCUGCUGAAGAGGAGAAGGAAGAGAAGGCCGAUGAUACCCCCAUGCCUGAUGCUGAGUCCGACAAGGCGGAACCUCAGCCGGAAGCCUCCAAGGAGGAAUCCGAAGAGAAGCCCGAGGAGCAGCCCGAGGAGAAGCCCGAGGAGAAAGCGGAAUAA